AUGAAAGAGAUCACUUUCUCUUUGAGCAUCGAUUGUUACAUUAUCACACACUUUGAUCUGAGAAACGAACUCGCAUUGUCGAUGGUUUUCAUUAGAGAUUCGACGGAUAUCGCUAACGACGAUGAUCUCGCUAUCUUCCCACCGAUCAACCACGAGAACCUCUACAUCGAUGGAUUCAAAUCCUCAUCUUCGUCGACAGUCUCUGUUUCAUCUUCUUCUUCCUCACUCUUGUAUCCGUCUGAUUUAGACGAACACUUUGGAAUUGAUCUGAAAUCGCGUUCUCAGUUUUCGGAAACCAUCGGAAAAUCUCUGUGGAAAUCGAUACUUGAGAUUGAUAUCGUCCAAGGUUGGUGGUGGAAGCUUCUUCUCGCUCGAGUACUGUCGAAAUUCCAGAAUUUGGUGACGUGCUUCUCCAGAAAUAGUCUCUGUUCCUUCUCAAUAACUCUCCGGUCAUCUUAUCCGUUCAUGAUCAUCGUAAUUUGGUGGUUGAUGCGUUACCGAACUCGCCAAAGAGAAAUCGUAGCAGCUAAUCUUAGAGACAAAAUCAAAGAGAGAGACGAGAGAAUAGCUCAACUCUUGCAUCAGAUUACUCAGAUUAACGAGUUACUUGUAAAGAUAAUACAUUCAAAAUGAUCAGAAGAAUCUGACGUCC